AUGCGUUCCGACAAGCUUCUCGUGCUCGCCGGUCUGGCGAGCUAUGCUCUCGCUCUCCCCACGAAGGACUUGGACCCCCGUACCUUCGGCCUCGUCGCCGAGAUCCUCACUGACCUUGGUGAGGACCUGACCGGUUUCAUCGAGGCCCUCCUUGGCGGCGGUGUCAAGAGCUCCGCAAGCCUCCUCACUGGUAUCAGCGCUCAGGCAGCUGCUGUCCUUGAAGGUGGUGCCCUGGGUUGCACUGCUGGCAAGAUCGAGGCCUCCGCUCGUGCGGAGCUGGCUGCGUGGAUCCGGGCUCAUGCCAGCUUCGAUGCCUCCCUCAAGUCGUCUCUGUUGGCCUGGUGUGAGGGUGAGGACUCUGCCACCUUGUCCGUCGAUGUCCGUGCUGGUCUCGCUCUGUUCAUUCCCACCUGCGCCGAGGUCGCUGCCAAGGGCGACAUUUACGUGACUGUCGACGGUAUCUUCUCCGUUUCCGAACUCGAGGCCGCUGUUGUCCUCAGCUCUUCUUUCCAGUCUACUCUGUCUACUUUCCUGUCCGGAUCCGUUGGUGUCGAAUUGGAUGCCGACAUCAAGGCUGGUCUUUCCCUCUGUGCUGGUGGUGGUGUCGUCGCCGACCUUGCUUCGGACAUCGAGGCCUCCCUGAAGGUCUGGCUUUCCGGCUCUGAGUGCUCUCUGAGUGCCUCCCUCAAGGCUGCUGUCCUUGCUUGGUUGGAGGGCAAGGCUAGUGUGUCUGGCGUUGUUACCAUCGGCACUGUGCCCACUGCUGGUCUCACCACUGUCUCCGUCGGUGCCGCCAUUAACGCCCUUGUCGAAACCUCCGGUGCCCUCACCGCUAGCGCCCAGGCCUACCUCUCUGCCUUCCUCAAGUCCUCCCUCGCCGCCGACAUUGAGGCCGAUGUUAAGGUCGUUCUGGAGGCCUGUAUCUCGGGCAAGCUUGCCACUUCCGUCAGCGCCGAUGCCCGUGCUGCCCUGGCAGUCUGGCUCUCUGGCGAUAGCUGCCAGCUGGGCGUUGAGCUGAAGGCCGUUCUCUACUUCUGGCUUUCCUUUGCCCUGAGCGGCGACGUCACCGUCGACUUGUCCACCGACAUCAUUACCGAACUCGAGACUUUCAUCACCGGUACCAUCGACACUCUCAUCGGUGUCAACAUUAGCGGCGUGCUCUCCCUUCUGCUGUCUGGCGAGAGUCUGGCCUCCCUUUCCCUGGAGUCUCGUGCUGAGCUGUCUGCUGUCAUCGGUGGCUGCGCUGGUGUUGAUAUCAGCUCCUCCAUUGAGAUCAUCGUCAUUGAAUGGCUUACCGGCUGCAGCAUCCCCGGCGGUCCUUCCAUCGGCUCCGGCUCCGGCUCCAGCUCCGGAUCUUCGUUCUAA